GAGGUCCUGAGGGCGCGGUUCGGGCUGUAGCUUUUGAGAUGGAUGGGCAUGAUGCCAAAGAUGGCCGGUACCAACGUGUGCGCCGGCGCCACAUCUACCUCCAUCGCUUGGCUGGAGAUGAUGCUCUUGCAGCCAAGAUCGAGAACCAGUCCAAGGCUCCAUUCAGGAUGGUGAUCCGCUUCGCAAUCUACGCCUUCAUUGCAACGUUUGUCAUAAAAGCAAGAAGUCAGGUCGAAGACUUGUCAAUGAUCAAUGAUGGGACAAAGUCUGCUUUGACGGAGCAGUACUUCGAGCUGGAGCCAAAGCCGCGGACAUUUCAUGAUAUCAAAAGUCAAAAGGACGUCCGUGCCUGGCUGCGAUGGCUUUUCAAUUCUUUGCAACAUGCUGGAGAUUCCAACUCGUACAGCAAUCCACUGUCACUGAACAUGCACAAUAGAAUUGUUCCAACCGAAGGGGUGUGCCUACAGGCUGCCUCAAUAAGUCUGAGUUUCAGACAAGUGAAACUUAGCAAUGACUCUGCACGCUCCACCACCGAGCGCUUUGCCGCAUUUUUCCCACAAACAUGGACAGCAGCUACAAUUGAUCCUGCCGUGGCCAAUUCGGAUUCCGAAGCCACCUUGCCAAUCCUUGCUGGCCAGGAAACCUGGAGGUACACUCCGUCAUGUAGCGAUUGUGGGAAUGCAGGCUUCAACAAUGCUGGUGGUUACAUUGCAGUAGCAACCACAAGCUCCAAUGGUACCUUCGUUCACUUGGUCGACAAUGAUGCAAACGCAACAGCGGAUGAGUCUGUGCACCAUUGCAAUUCACAAUUGAAGCGUUCCGGCACCGUGACCUUGGAUGAGUUUCUCAGCGAGACCUUCUUUGAUCCGCAGCUGGGAAGCCUGACUCUGGAGUUUCAGACAUACAACGCCAACCUCCAAAGCAUCACCAUGGUUGGUGUCUUCUUCCAAUUUUAUGCAGCUGGCACUCUUCUGUCCCACCAUGUGCAAACACAGACACUUCAGUUGGACAUUUCACACGGUUGGAUACAGUAUUUCGAAUAUGCAUAUUUGAUUUUUACCUGCUUCUACUUCUUCGAAUUGAUCUACAGAAUCGGCAAGGGGUUUCCUACAUACUUGAAAAGCAUGUGGUGUUAUGUCAAUGGUCUCUCUAUCAUUUCCAGCAUCAGCUGCUUUGGUAUAUGGUACGUCUACAUGCCAACGUUGGCAACUUUUCGCCGCACUGACCAGUUUCAAAACCCCAGCAAUUUUGUUGACAGAAGUGCAACCUUUGCAUUCUACACGAUUGCGUCCUCCUUUGCCGUUUUCACAAUCUAUUUGCGUAUGCUCCAGUUCUUGGCAGCCACACGCUCCCGGGUAGUACUGUUGCUUCGGACGAUCAUGUCCAGCGCGAGCAAUAUGGUCAUUUACAUCUCCUACAUUGGGGUGAUUUUCAUCGGUUUCAGCACAUUUGCGCUCACAAGCUUUGCCCAGGUGUCUGCAAACUUUGUGGAUCCUGGCAAAACAUUUGUCAGUACAUUCACCUUGUUCAUGGGCGACCUGAGCGUCAUGGAUGGCUUUUCCGCGCCAAUGAAGAUCCCGUUUAUGUGGCUGUUCAUGUUUUUCUUCUUUUUCCUCUCCGUGCAGAUGUUCAAUGCAAUCAUCAACUAUGCAUACAAUCGAGUGUCAGAGGACAUGAAGUCUGUGUUCGUGCGAGAGAGCUUUGAGAAGGAGCUCAAACAAAGGACACCCAAUCGCUCUUUGUGGCGAUUUGUGGCAAACCUACGAAAGCCAAAGGCAGAAGAGCAAGAAGACAUCGAAGCCUUUGAUGGGCCGGUCAAGCAAAAUGCUUUACCAGAUUUGACCACUUUGGACCCGGCUGUCAGGCAGAAAGUUGAGGAAUACAGAGAGCGCGAUACAAAUAAGGGUGCAAAAGAUGGACUUUGCACUGCGUUUGUCUACUUCAUACUGGUAGGCUGUUACAUUUGGUUCCUGUAUGUGAACAUGGCAGUGGAGGAGAAGAGCAGUCUGAGACUUGCCGUAGAAGCAAUCGUGAAAGACAUACACGUUCCAAUGCAAAACCAAGCCAACCGCAGCCAGGUUUUCCUUCAAUCCUGGGACGAAAUCUCAUCGUGGCCACAGGUGGUGACCUGGAUGCAGCUUGGACUUCCGGCGCUGAUCUUCAAUUCGACCACGCCCUCUUCCAUGGCCAUGGCCACCACAGGUGAGCAAAUGAUUGCCUCAGGCCUGAACUGCUUGCGAGCAUUCAACUGCUUUGUCACUGGAUCCUCUGGAAAUGCAACAAGCAUCGCACGUAUAACACAAAAGAGGAGUGCGGCCACUCCCAACCGUGGCGCCAGAAGUUCAUCAACACCUGAAGAUGAGCGGUUUAUUGGAGGUAUUGACAAUGGCACUGGCAACGAAAUGCAAGGAUUGUUAGUCAACACUUCAGGCUAUCAUAGUGCGAUCUUUCCUAAUGCGGCAGGAAACCCUUCAGAGGACUCCUCUUUGUCAUUUCAGCUCACCCAUCAGAAUAGCCCGUUGUGCAGUACUGCAGCUGCAAGCGCAGAAGGCAGUUACAAACAGACUGGUGGGAUUGUGUGUGAGCUUAGCGCAGAUUUUGCAACAUUUCAUGAUCAGAUGGCCACCAUGACAGCCAACAGCUUUUUUGUGAAAGAAACCGCAUCUCUGGCCGUUGAAUUGGUAGCCCACAACUCCAAUCGGGACAUGCUCAGCUACAUAGUGAUCACAUUCCGAGUGACCCCAGCUGGAAAGGUGCACAAGGACAUGCGAAUAUUUUCUUUGGCACUCUUUGGUUGGGAUGUUGGUGUUGACAAGCUGGGCUACUUUAUUGCACGACUGCUGCCUGGAGCUGUUUACAUGGCGCUGGUUGUGGCUUUUACGAUCAUGCUGUAUCGUGAGAUGCAGUUGGAGCACGCCCGAAGAUCUGUUGCGGAGGGUCCCGACAAAAGGCAAGGCUUCGUCAGCACUAUUAUUUCAUUCUUCUCGAGUGAUGUAUUCCGACCAAUUGAUGCAGUUUCCUACUUGAUGUCGUUCUGGAGCUUUGUUUUGUUUAUUCUGUGGCUCGUGAAAGAAGGUGAUCUCCAAACUAUGUGGCUUGGAAGCUACGGGGGCGUGGUUAAUUUCAGCUCAGAACUCAUCAACCAGGAGAAGGAUUACAACCGCAUCUCAGCGGCAAACUUGCUGCUGCUUUUCGUUCGGCCACUCCGAUUCCUGCGAGAAGAUCCCCGCAUGCAACGCUUGAAUCAGACGUUGCAUGAUGCUUGGGCAGAUAUUUUUUGGUUCAUCAUCGUCCUGUCAAUUAUGCUCAUUGCGUGCACGCUGUUGGCCAAUGUGUCUUUUGGCACAACACUUCUGGCGUGCAGCGACAUUCCAUCAUCCUUCAUCUUUUGCUUUAGCUUUAUUCUUGGCGAGUUUGAUUUCUGGGGCAUGUAUGCCGCAAAUCCAGUUAUGGCUGUGAUUUUCUUCUUCCCUUAUUUGCUGCUUGUUUACUGUGUCUUCACAAAUAUAUUCUUUGCCAUACUGGACAGAUUCUUCAUAUCAGCCGAUCCUCCUCCCAUGAAGCUCAAACGCAAGCUGAAGCCGCUCCUUUCAAAGGUUUGCAAGUGCAUUGACUGGGAUGAUGAUUUUGUUAUGGAGGAAGAUCCCAAGGGAAGCAAAAAGGAAGGUCCAAAGUCCAGAGCUGACCGCGUUGCCGUGACGGCCAAGACCAUUCACGACAUCAGGAAGGGGCUAGAUUCCGACACUGGCAGUCGUUUUGCACGCAGCAAACCCUUGAGCGAAGUCUGUGACUUGGAUGAGAGACUUCUGAGCGUUAUGAAGUGGAGCAAGGAUGAGGCAGCUGCCAUUGUCAAUGAAUUUGAAGGGCUACUUGUAAAGAAGCAGCAGCACAAGAAUGAAGAUGUUUUCCUGAAGCAGAUCGUGAUGAAGAAGGUUGAUCAAGAUGAAAGCAAAACGAGGGAAGAGAUGGAGGAAGCAUACAGGCAGAUGAGAUAUGCUGCAGAAGUUCAUGAGAUUAUGGUCAUCCGUGAUCAACAGACUCUCGCAAAAUAUAUUUGGCUGCUGGAGCAGAAAAUUCAAAAGAAGAUGACGGACAAGCAUGCGCUUGUGAUGGAGGUCCAGCACUUGCAGGACGAGAUGGACAGAAUGCGUUUCACCAAAGAUGAUUUGCAAGCCCAGGCACAGGAGGCAGAAGGCAUGGGGACAGACAUACAGGAACAAGAAGACGCCCCAGGCACAGAAGAGGAGGAAGAGUUUGCUGACCUGAGCCGUGAGGAAGGUGCGUCCCAUGCAGCCGCGAGUGACCCAAACGCUGCGAUGGACAGCACGGUGCCGGGAGAGAAUCCCACCACAGUGGCCAUGCUGAAAGCGUUGAAUGGCUGAAGAAGAUUGCAGGUCUCACCGAGCUCCCUGCAAGUGCAAAGCUUGCACACAUUCACCCGACUAGAUUCACACUUGACACCUGACACCUGUCGCGAAAGAGCGCUGG